AUGGAUUUCGGUGCUCUCAGAGGAGAGUACCAACCGUACGAAGGCGGCGCGGUGGAUUUGAAUCAAAUCUUGGAAGAAAGAGAUGCGUGCGGCGUCGGGGUGAUCGCGUCGUUGAAAGGUGAAAGAACCCACAAAUGUGUCGAUGAUUCCUUGUCUGCUUUAGGUUGCAUGGAACACAGAGGCGCGUGCUCUGCGGACAACGACUCCGGCGACGGCGCCGGCAUCAUGACGCAAAUCCCUUGGCAGAUGUUAUCCAAAUGGUGUGCUGCGAACGGUAUUUCUGGCUUUUCCGAAGAAUCUUCCGCUGUUUCCAUGACCUUCUUGCCGACCGAUAAGGGCAAAAGAACCAAGGCGAAGGCGGAGCUUGAGAAAGCCAUCGCGGCUGAAGGUUUGAAAGUUCUCGGCUGGAGAGACGUGCCGACGAAGAAUGAUAUCGUCGGCCCGAUGGCUAAGAUCACGCAACCGGCGAUUGAGCAAUGCUUGAUCGAUGGUGCUGGCGCGACUGGGGACGAAUUAGAGCGCAAGCUUUACUUUGCCCGGAAAAACGCCGAAAAAGUGCGCCUCGGGAACAUGGCUGACUUGGAAGACAUGUACGUGUGCACCAUGUCCUGCAGAACAAUCGUGUAUAAAGGUAUGUUGAGAUCUGCUGUUGUCGGACAAUUUUUCCUCGAUUUGCAAGAUAAGGACUACGUGUCGUCGUUCUCCAUCUAUCACAGACGUUUCUCCACGAAUACCACGCCGAAGUGGCCGUUGGCGCAACCGAUGAGAUUUUUGGGUCACAACGGUGAAAUCAACACGUUGCAAGGUAACUUGAACUGGAUGGCUUCCAACGAAGCAAAGAUGACCAACGCUAUAUGGGGAGGCAGAGAGCAAGAGUUCCGUCCGUUGUGUGACCCGGCGGCUUCUGAUUCCGCGAACCUUGACAGAGUCGCGGAACUCUUGGUUAAAACUGGCCGCGAGCCGGAAGAGACUAUGAUGUUGCUCGUUCCGGAAGCGUUCAGAAAUCACCCGGAUUUGGAAGCGACUGUUCCGGAAGCGAAGAACUUCUACCAGUACUACUCUGGUAUCAUGGAAGCUUGGGACGGCCCAGCUUUAUUGGUCUUCUCUGACGGUAAGAAAGUUGGCUGCCGCUUAGACAGAAACGGUUUGAGACCCGCGAGAUUCUGGCAAACUUCGGAUGAUUACAUUUAUGUCGCGUCUGAGGUUGGCGUUUUGAACGAUAUCAUGUCCAACGCGCCGAACGUUGUUAAGAAAGGACGUUUGGGUCCGGGUACGAUGAUCUGCGUCGACUUGGAAAACGGCACGUUCAAAGAGAACGAAGAAAUUUCCAAGGAAGUUUCCUCGACGCGCCCGUAUGGCAAAUGGUUGAACAACAUUCACCGCUUGAAAUCGUGCCCGCCGUUGCCGGAGCCGACGAUGGACGACGUUUCCUUCAUCGAGUCCCAAGCCAGAGCUGGUUACGCUUCCGAAGAUGUUUCCAUGAUUGUUGAAUCCAUGGCGCAAGAAGGCAUCGAGCCGACGUGGUCGAUGGGUGACGACACUCCGGUUCCGGUCAUCUCUUCGAGACCGCGCUUGCUCUACGACUACUUCAAACAAAGAUUUGCCCAAGUUACUAAUCCGGCGAUCGAUCCGUUGAGAGAGGGUUUGGUUAUGUCUUUGGAGACUACUUUGGGCGCCAAGGGGAACUUGUUGGACGUCUCCUCGGACGACGCGCCGGCAGUUUCUUUGUCGAGUCCGUUCUUGUUUGAUUCGGAUUUGACCGUCAUCCAAAACCACCCGCAUUUGAAGACGGCGACGAUCAAAGCGCGAUACACCAACGGCGCCGGUGGUUUGAAGGCUGGUUUGGACAAGUUGUGCCAAGAAUGUGCCGAAGCCGUCCAAAAAGGCUCUGAGUGCAUCGUCAUCACCGAUAAGCCUGACGAGGGUCCGGAUUCUCCAGCGAUUCCGUCGCUUUUGGCUGUUGGUGCGGUUCACCACCACUUGAUUAAGGUUGGUUUGCGCUCGAAGGCGUCGAUCGUCGUUGAGUCCGCGUCGGCGUUUUCCACACACCACUUUGCGGUGUUGAUUGGUUACGGUGCCUCGGCUGUGUGCCCGUGGUUGGCUUUGGAAACUGCGAGAAAGUGGAGAUCUUCCACCAAAGUUGAAAAGCAAAUGAGCACCGGUAAACUCCCGCUCAUGUCGCAACAGGACGUUCAAAGAAACUUGAAGAACGCCAUCAACAAGGGCUUGAAGAAGAUUCUUUCGAAGAUGGGUAUCUCUCUCAUCACGUCGUACCACGGUGCGCAAAUCUUUGAGGCGUACGGUAUUGGACCAGAGCUCAUCGACGUCGCCUUUAAAGGCACGGUUUCCAGAAUUGGUGGUUUGACUUUGGACGAACUCGCCGCGGAAACGAAAAUGUUUGUCGACUCUGCGUUCCCAGGUGAAUCGGAAACCAUGGACAAGCUCAAGAUUUCUGGCAUGUACCAAGUCAAGCCAAAUGGCGAAUACCACGGUAACAACCAAGAAAUGUCCAAGCUCUUGCACAAAGCCAUUGGUUUAGGUGGCGAUGCCCCGGAUGCCGAAUCCUACAAGUUAUACGAAGAACACCGCAACACGCGUCCGGCUACUUGCUUGAGAGAUCGUCUCGACAUUAAAUCCGACCGUAAGCCGAUCGAUAUCUCCGAGGUUGAAUCCGCUGCGGACAUCGCUUCUCGAUUUUGCACCGGUGGCAUGUCUUUGGGCGCCAUUUCUCAAGAGUGCCACGAAGCGAUUGCGGUCGCCAUGAACAGAAUCGGUGGUAAGUCCAACUCUGGCGAAGGUGGUGAAGAUCCGAAGCGAUUUAUCCCGAUCUCGGACGCCAAGUCGGACGGUUCGACGGACUCGUUCCCGUACUUGAGAGGUUUGAAGAACGGUGACGUCGCGUCAUCUGCCAUCAAGCAAGUCGCCUCUGGUCGAUUUGGUGUCACGACUUCGUUUUUGAUGUCCUCGAACCAACACGAAAUCAAGGUUGCGCAAGGUGCCAAACCGGGAGAAGGCGGGCAGUUGCCAGGGAAAAAAGUUUCGCCGUAUAUUGCCUGGUUGAGAAAAUCCAAGGCCGGUGUGCCGUUGAUUUCUCCGCCUCCGCACCACGACAUUUACUCCAUCGAGGAUUUAGCGCAGCUUAUUUUUGACUUGCACGCGGUCAAUCCGGAAGCAAAGGUUUCCGUGAAACUCGUCGGUCAAGCGGGUAUCGGAACUGUAGCGUCUGGCGUUGCCAAGGCGAAUGCCGAUAUCAUCCAAAUUUCGGGUGGUGACGGUGGUACAGGUGCUUCUCCGUUGUCUUCUAUCAAGCACUGCGGUGGCCCAGUCGAGCUUGGUCUCGUUGAAUCUCACAGAACGUUGGUUGAGAACGGUUUGAGAGAGCGCGUUGUUUUGAGAGCAGAUGGCGGUUGCCGAUCUGGGCUCGAUGUCAUGCAAUGGGCGUUGAUGGGUGCGGAUGAAUUUGGCUUUGGUACCGUUGCUAUGAUUGCAACCGGUUGCGUCAUGGCGAGAAUUUGCCACACGAACAACUGCCCGGUUGGCGUUGCGACCCAAAGAGAAGAAUUGAGAGCGAGAUUCCCGGGCGCGCCGAGUGAUUUGGUGAACUUUUUCAUCUUUGCGGCUGAAGAAGUGCGCGUCAUCCUCGCCGAAAUGGGCUACAAGUCUCUCGACGAAGUCAUUGGCAGAAACGAUUUGCUUAAACAAAAAGAACAAAAUGAUCCGAAGACGAACCACUUGGACUUGUCUCUCUUGACUACUUCCUCCGGAAAGGCUGGUUCGUCCAAGGCGAGAAUCAACCAAAAAGUCCACGAUGACGGCGAAUUGCUCGAUGAUAUUUUGCUCGCCGAUGCCGGCGUCAAGAAAUGCAUCGAAACGCAAGGUACGCACACGGUUUCGUCCAAGAUUGUCAACGUAGACCGCGCCGCUAUGGCGAGAAUCGCUGGUAACAUUGCUUCCAAGUACGGCGAUGAUGGGUUCAAGGGAAAGUUGACGAUCAAGUUAGAAGGCGCUGGUGGUCAAUCCUUCGGUGCGUUUGUCGUCGGUGGCAUGGACGUCCAACUUGUCGGUGAAGCGAACGAUUACGUUUGCAAGUCGAUCAGUGGUGGUACCGUGUCGAUUAUGCCGCCGCCAGGUGCUGGAUUCAAGGCUGAAGAUUCCACCAUUGCCGGUAACACCUGCUUGUAUGGUGCUACGGGCGGUAAGAUCUUCAUCAAUGGUAGAGCUGGCGAACGAUUUGCCGUGAGAAAUUCCUUGGGGCAAACUGUCGUUGAAGGAUGCGGCGAUCACGCUUGCGAGUACAUGACUGGCGGUGUGGUUGUCUGCUUAGGUAGAGUUGGUAGAAACGUUGGCGCCGGCAUGACUGGUGGCAUCGGUUAUUUUCUCGACGAAGACAACACGUUUGAGUCGAAGGUGAACGGUGAGAUCGUCGUCAUGCAACGCAUUUCCACCGAAGCUGGUGAGAAGCAAUGCAAAGACUUGAUCUCUGAACACGUUGAGAAGACGGGUUCCCCGAAGGGCAAGGCCAUCUUAGCGGAUUGGGCGAACAUGAAGGAGCAAUUCUGGCAAAUCGUUCCGCCGUCUGAGGCGCAAACGCCGGAAGCCUGCAACGCGGAAGUCGGUGCCGUUCAAGUCGCCAGAUAA